UUCGUCCCUCCCUCCCUCCAUCCCUCCUUCCCUCCUUCCCUUUGUCCCUCAGUCCCUCUAUCCCCCCAGUCCAUAUGUCCAUCCAUCCAUCCAUCUAUCCAUCCUUUCAUCCAUCCUCGUUGUCCUCCUCCUCCUCCUCCUCCUCGUGCAUGAAUGGAUUUACGACAUCCGUCGAUUUCGAGGACGAGGAGGAGGAAGAGGAGGAGGAGGAGGAGGAGGAGGAGGAAGACAAGGAGGAAGAGGAAGAGUGGGAAGACGAGAAGGAAGAGGAGGAGGAAGAGGAGGAGGAAGUCGAGGACGAAGAGGAGGACGAGGAAAAGGAGGAGGAGGAGGAGGAGGAGGAGGUGAAAGACAAGGAGGAGGAGGGGGGGGAGGAAGAGGAGGAGGAGGAGGUGGAAGAAGAGGAGGAGGAGGAGAAGGAGGAGGUCAAAAGGGAGAAGGAGGAGGAGGUGAAAAACGAGGAGGAAGAGGAAGAGUAGAAAGAGGAGGCUCUCCUUCACGACAGGUAAAGGAGGAGCAGCUCCCGGCG